AGACGAAAUGGCGGCUGCUAGAGAUGCAUUCGCGAUAUUUUUCAAGAAAGAUAAGACUUUCCGUCCCCGGAAGAAGUUUGAACAUGGUACUAUGAAGUACAACCUCCACAAACAGGCCAAUGCUUCCCUCAAUGCUGGGAUUGACCUGAGAGAGGUUGUUCGACUCCCUCAGGGGGAGGACAUGAAUGACUGGAUUGCUGUGCAUGUGGUUGACUUCUUCAACAGAAUUAACCUUCUCUAUGGUACAAUAUGUGAACACUGUACUGAACAGACUUGCCCAACGAUGUCAGGAGGACCAAAGUAUGAGUACUUCUGGAGUGAUGGUCAAAACUACAAGAAAGCCACAGCCCUCCCUGCAUCUCGGUAUAUCGCACUUCUCAUGGAGUGGAUAGAAACUCAGAUUAAUGAUGAGAACAUAUUCCCUGUUUCUGCAGAGACACAUUUUCCCAAGAACUACCUUCAAGUGGUGAAGAAAAUCCUCAGUCGCCUCUUCCGAGUCUUUGUCCAUGUCUACAUCCAUCACUUUGACAAACUUGUUGCCAUUGGCGCCGAAGCUCAUGUAAACACCUGCUACAAACACUUCUACUACUUUGUCAAUGAGUAUACUCUGGUGGAUAAGAAGGAACUAGAACCCUUGAGGGAUCCCUUUGCUUGUGAAUCUAAUGAUGAAGUGUACAUGGUUUCAUAA